AUGCAGAAGCAACAGCAGCAGGAGCUGCAACAACUACUAGAAAUCAGCUCUACAGACUCCGCAGAGGGACUACCUGCUGUAAUAGAUGAGCUGAGCACACAGAUUGGCAUCGAAACAACCAUUGUCUACAAUCCCCAGCGAAAAGGACUAAGUUAUUUACCCAAACUGAAGCCAAUCACGCAGAUACUAGUGAAUUCCAUAAACGAUUCUGUUUUCAAUGCCACAGAACUAGUUCGAUUUUUGGGUGAACGAAUGCUCUUUGUGCUGCUUGUUAAGACGCCUCCAAUCGAUCUAUUCGAGAAGCUCCAUUUACAGUUCCAGACAGCGGACUUUUUGCUGGUGCUUAACGAAAGCCCAGUAACAGAUGUGUGGCUAGAGUUUGCCCAUCGAGCAUGGCAGCUGGGCUACAAUGGCCUGCUAUUCCUACAUAUAUCGCAAGAUCCGGUGCUCUACAGAAUGCGCUUGUUUCCACAAAUCAAGAUCCUACCCACCAAUGUGAACGAAUACGUACAAAGACGGGGUCGCAUUGGCAAUAUGCAGGGCUUUGAGAUUCGCGUUGCGGUCUACUCCAACCCGCCCCGCUGCCUCCUCUACAAGGACAGACACGGCAGGCAGAAGUAUGGCGGCUAUUACCUGCGCUUCCUACAACACUUUGUGGAGGUCCACAAUGCGACCUUUGUGCCCGUUUACACGCCCAACGACUCGCCCGGGCACUGCAUUAGGGCGCUGCUCGCGAGGCGAGUGGACCUGUGCGGCGACUCGCUGGCUCAGGGGUCGGACAAGGCUUUCGUUGUGACAAGGGCUAUUCGCAUGGCUUAUGCCAAUAUCAUGGUGCGCAAUGCCAAGCCGUUGAGUUCGUAUCGCUAUCUGUUGGCUCCAUUCCACCCGACUGUCUGGAUCUGCCUGUUCGUCUACAUAGCCUUCAUUGUUUUCUUCAUGAGCUGCAUCCACUGGCAGCAGCAGAGGCGCUGGAUCUUCAGCACCUUUCUGCUAGACGCCAUCAGGUCGCUACUAUUCACGGGCUUCUCUCUAAAGCACCUCCAUGGACGCGAGCGGUACAUACUCUUUGCUGUGCUCUUCAUAGCCGGCUUCAUCUACUCCACGUUCUACCUGGGAUACCUGAAGAGCAUAUUGACCACGGAGGUAUUCGAGAAGCCGAUCAACAGCUUUGCAGAGCUGCUGGAGUCCAACAUCAGCAUCAUGAUAGACGAAUAUAAUCGCAACUUGUCGAGCAGAUACAAUCUGCCGGAUAUGCUGUGGCCAAUCAUAAAGGUGGUUCCCGACGAGACGCUGAAGAGGCAUCGCAGCGGCUUUGACCAGGAGUACGCCUACAUACUCUUCAGCGAUCGCAUGGACCUGUAUGACUCUGCUCAGAAGUACCUAAGGCAUCCGCGCCUGCGUCGCAUACCCAUCAACAUAUUCUUUCUGUUCUCCGGCUUUCCGAUGCGCGAGAGCUACUUCUUGAGGCACUCGCUGAGUGACGCCUGGGCUUAUGUCUUUGAGAGCGGAUUCCUGAAGAAGCUGGAAUCGGACGCCGACCACGACACGAUGACAGCGAACGUGGGCUUCGAGUUCCUCGUCACUGACUACUACGAGGCGCAAUCGCUGAAACUCGAUUAUUUCGUCAUGCCGGCCAUGUCGCUGGCCUUCGGCUACGGCCUGGCUUUGCUCGUCUUUGUCAUUGAGUUGACGGCCUGGCGCAGGCACAGGCACAACCAGCGCCUUAUAUUUAUGCUCUGUCUCCUCACUAACGUAGACUCAAGCACCUAUGAUCUAAGCUCAAGUAUAGCUGCACUCAAUCGGGGACUGCAGAGCAAAACCAACAUUAUCUACACGGAGCCCGCACAGCCCUCAGAUAUCUAUGAACGGAUUUGUGAGGCCCUCAGCCAUGUUCCUAGUGUACUGUUUGAUAGAACCGAUCAGCGCAGCCUGAGCAGUAUUAAUGACCUUCAUCUGCCCAAGCCCCUUUUGAUGAUACUGCCAGAGCCCAGCCCAGACCAAGCCGAAGCUCUGUUCGAGCAGCUGCCCACGGAAAUGCAGCAAUCGGAUUUUCUGAUCGUAGGCUGCGACACUGCAGCAAACUGGCAUCAGUUGCUUGCAGCUCUCUGGCAGCAGGGCUUCCCGAAUGUGCUGAUAUUCAACAGCACCGGCAGAGGAGGGCUCCGGGGUGAGUUUUAUACCAGCGGCUUUUAUCCGCAGAGAGAGCUGCAGCAGUGCAGCAUCGAGGAUUAUUUGUGGAGUCGCCAGCAUUGGUUCGACAAUCUAGGAGGCCUGGAGGUGCGGGUGGCGCUCUAUAACGAUCCGCCACGCAGCUUGGUUUACCCCGAAAAUGACAUGUACGCUGGAUAUGCUCUACUGCUGCUGCGUGAGUUUCUGGCCCACCGCGGGGCCAAGUUUGUGCCCGUGCUGACGCCCAACUACAGCGUCUUCUCCCCCCACGACUGUCUCAAAUACAUACACAACAAUCUGUCCGACGUCUGUGGGGAGCUGUUGGCUUACUACAACGAAGUUAGCUUUACCGCCAGUUAUACGUACCUGUACGUUAAUAUCUUGAUUCCCAAUGCGCAGCCCAAGUCCAAGAACUACUAUAUUAUAGCUCCCAUGCAGCUGAACACUUGGCUGUCCAUGCUUCUCUAUAUAGCCAUUACCUGUAGUUUCGUCAGCUGCGUUUGCCGGCUGCAGCAGGGGCGAUGGGAAUGCGGCCGAUUUCUACUAGAUAUAAUUUCCAGUCUGCUCUGCGUGGGCUUUCAGCUGCGUCUCAUUACGGGCUGGCAGUACUACACCUUGUAUUCUAGCAUUUUCCUAGUGGGCUUCAUGAUCGCCAACUAUUACCUGGCGUACCUGGCAACCAUUCUCUCGACGGGUGUCUACGAGCCCGAAAUACGCAGCUUCGAGGACAUGGUUGACCGAAAUAUUAGCAUCCUAAUCGGGGACUACGACAAGAAGGUGUUUGAGAUCUACGACUUUCCAGAUAUCCUAUGGAAUAUAACCCGUCUGGUGUCCUAUCCCUUCAUACAGGCGCAUCGGCGCAUCUUUGAUCCCAAAUAUGCCUACUUGGCGCAUAGCGAUCGCCUGGUACUGUUCGCUUUCCAGCAACAAUAUAUGAAAAAGCCCCGCAUGCGUCCCCUGCCUAUAGACCUGCAGCACUCGCUGCCGGGUUUCCCAAUGCGUCGCCACUGGCUGCUGAAGCACAAGCUCAGCGAGGCGGUGCUCAACAGCUUUGGCAGUGGACUACUGGACAAGCUGGCCGACGACACCAAUCAACAGACGAUACACAUUGGCUACUUGAACCUGAUACCCUCGGAGCCAUACGAGGCGAAGCCCUUGACAUUGGACUACUUCAAAGUCCCGCUAAUUAUGCUCGUCUUCGGUCUAAUCAUUGCAUUUGUCUGCCUCAUCGUCGAGUUACUCUGGCGACGUAUACACGAUCCGUAUACACGCGAACGGUGCGAAAGAACUCGAGAAGCUGAAAAGGAAACACCUGGGGAAUCUUAA